ACUGGAGUAGAGUGAAUGUUACGGGAGUCUGUCACUGGGCAUGCAAAGGACAUGUACUGGCCAAUAGAAUUUCAAGUAUCAUGACCACAGGCUUUUCAAAGAGAUCUUACUUCCUGAGACUUCCCUCAAUCAAUCACUUAUUGGGACCUGGUGGAAGCAUCUGGUGGCAGGAGCAGUAGCUGGAGCCGUGUCUCGAACAUGGACGGCCCCUCUGGACCGGCUCAAGAUCUACGUACAGGUCUAUGCCAUAAAAGAGAGCCUGGAUCUGCUGAGCAGCUGGAGGGCGAUGGUGAAGGAGGGCGGCUACAUCUCACUCUGGAGAGGCAAUGGGAUAAAUGUCUUGAAAAUCGCACCAGAGACUGGCAUUAAAUUUCUAGCUUAUGAUCGGUACAAGAAGUUUUUCAGCGACAGCCACACCAAGUUGACCAUCUAUCAACGCUUUGCUGCUGGAUCUCUUGCAGGUGUCACUGCUCAGACCAUUGUCUACCCAAUGGAGGUACUGAAGACGAGACUGGCACUUGGAUAUACGGGUCAGUACAAAGGAAUCAACGAUUGCAUGAGAAUUAUCAUCAAAAUUGAAGGUCUUACUGCUCUAUACAGAGGCUACUUCCCAAACCUACUCGGCAUCAUCCCGUACGCAGGCAUUGAGCUUACAGUCUAUGAGAGUUCAAAGAAAGCCUAUUGCCAGAAAUAUGGGCAAAGCCCAAAUGACCCUGGUAUGUUCAUCCAUCUUGGCUGCGGCACCAUCUCCAGCACCUGCGGACUGCUGGGCAGCUAUCCCCUGGCACUCCUCAGGACCAAGAUGCAAGCACAUGCUGUCGUCUCAGACAGGACACAGGCAAGCAUGGUUCAACAUAUCAUCACCAUCAUGGAAGAGCAAGGCUUGAGAGGGUUUUAUCGAGGAUUCACACCCAACUGCAUGAAAGUUGUCCCAGCCGUGAGCAUCAGCUUCGUUGUCUAUGAGCAGAUGAGGAAUCUUCUUGGUCUCACCUACAAUUAAUCAGCAGAAAAUGUCUCAAAAUGUAACUAAUUCUUCCCAUAUUUCUCUUCGAUCCUGACCUGGAAAAUGGGAGAAGAAGUUGAAUAAUGGAAGGAAACAAAAGCCAUGUUGAGGAGCUGAAAGUUCUACCUCAGUCCAGAUUCAGGCAGUCAGAAACCACUUCAUCAGCUGUCACAUCAUCUCAGUCUCUAUAUACCAAAGAUUAUUCAACCAGUAAUCACACCCAGUCUAUGCAUCAGAGGUCAGCUCAAUAGUUAACUCAUUAGGACCAUCGAAAUCUAUGAGAAAGCAGAGCCAACUAAACAGCUAGUCAAUUAAAAGUUAGUUAUUCGCCAUUUCAUAUCGAACUAAACAACCAACAAGACAGCUAACUCAUCAUCAGUUUGCCAACCAAACUUCAGCAGGCCUGUUAAGCAGAAAUUUGAAGGCCAGCAAACUAUCAGGUUACCAGUAGCAGCAAGCAGUGAAAGAUACAGAGUCCAAAGGUCAAGUUAUCAACAGUUUAAGGGUCAGCAAACCAAUAUGAAUAUUAGAUAACUAAAUAACAAUCCAACCCCAGUUAACUAUCAGAGAAUCAGUUACCUAACUGGAUAUCAGGUAUCCUAUCAACAUAUGGCCAGCUGACCAAAUAACAUAAAAAAUAACCAAGUAACCAACCAGCUAAUCAAUCAACAGAAGACUAGUUAACUAUGGCCAGCAAAUUAACUAGCCAACCAACCAACCAUCUAGGUGUAGGAAGGUCAGCUAUCCAUCAAAAUACCAGAAAAUAACCUGGUAAAUGUAAAGAGAAAUCUAGAAAGCUACUAAUGUGAGCAAAUAACUUAAUAUAUAUAACCAACCAAUGGAAUGUCAGUCAAUCAUUAGGAGUCAGAUAUUAAACAAUUUGAAUCCCAAUAAGCCAACUAUCUGGAGUCUAUUGAACCAAUAACAUGACCAUUGCUCCUUAGAUAACCAAUUAACCAUUUAAUGGAAGGCAUGCUAUCCAACUAACCUAAGGAGAGCCAAAGAAGAUUAGCUGAACAACCAAGUUAAGGAUAGCUAACCUGCCAACAUAGCAGCAGCUAAUCUACAACCAGAUGAUAACAAACCAACAUGUCAGCCAAACCAUAAUCAGUCGAGCAGCUAAUCAAGUUAGAAACCAAUCGGUAUUACUCCAGCUAAGUAAGGAAUAUGGCAACAAACCAAGUAGGCAUAUGAACGAGCCUAUCACACUAACAAGCAGGCCAGUUAAUAGUGGGGCCAACUAAUCAAACAUCGAAGACUUGAUCAUCAGUUGCUAAUUGAGGUCAAAUUACCCGUCAGAAACUCAAUGAUCUAACUACCAAAGGACAGGCGAAGCAACAAUGACAGUUAAAUAACCUUGGGGGCUUACAUUCACUGAUUCUUAAAGACAACAAGACAUCUCACUAGUUUACUCUAUUUGUUAUAUUGGGACUGUAUGUGGAAGUCUGACAGCAGCUCGAUUAAUCAUCUGGUCAUGUUAAAAUAUGUGAUUUCAAUGGAAACGGGGAUCCUGAGGAUGUUGCCAGGACUGGGGGUUGUUCUCUGUGGAACAGAGGAGGCUGAGGGAAGGCGAGCUGAAGAGAAUAAAAUUAUGAGUGAAAUAAAUAUAGAGGCCAGGGGUGAAUCAUUGUGGCAUAGAUUUGGAGUAAUUGGGAAACAGAUUAAAGGAGAUAUUGAAGAAAACUUUUUUCAGGCAAGGAUGCUGCAUCUGUAGCUCACUGCUGGAAGGGUGGGAGUGAGAGAGACCCUUGCUGCAUUUAAACAAAAUAGCAAAACUCCGAUAUCUGCUAUCAGAUCAAUCAGAAAUCCCGAUGGUUCAAGCAUCUUUGAUCUUCCUAUUUGCUGGGACUGAGAUCUUGUAUUCCCUUCCUACUCACUGGGGCAUGGAUCCUGCACUUCCAUUUAAGUCUCGUGCUCUCUUUACAUUUACCAUGUUCACUGUAAAGCCAGCAGUCUGCUAAUCCAGCACCUCUGUUUCCCCCAAGUGUGCCCUGUUAGUGGAGUUUUACUGCACCUGGAGUAAUUCACUGCAGGGUUAUGGAACUUGUGCCAGAAAAGGAUUUAGGUUUGGUAGCUACUUUUUACAUGAGUACAGACACGAUAGGUUAGAUAGCCUCUUUCUGUAUCAUAAAUGUUUUGUGAUCCUAAAUGUGUGAAAUAUUUUAAUUCUUCAAAAUGAAAUAAAGACAUUGAAU